AGUAUACCUUCGUGCGCCAUCCCAGCCCAUCCCAGCCCAGUCACGGCGUCCUCUGCGACUCUCUAGUUCGCGCCGUGGGCUCUGCCGCCGCCGCCGCCCUCCGAGGACCCGCCGCUCGCCGUCUGCGCCAACGCGCUUCUCCCUCUGGAACCGCGCCAACUACGAGCCCCCCUAAUCGCCCCUCAACUGAGGUCGCGCCCCCUCCCCGACGCCAACCUUCCUCUGUGACGCGCCGGCGGCGGCCUCCCCCCGCGCCUCCACCGCCACCACCAGGUAAUCUGGUUGGUGAAGUGCAGGAUUUACUGCUGUAUAAGUGCAAAUUCUUGUUUGGGAUGGCAAAGGAAGCUGAGAAAGAUAAACAAAUUGCUGAGGAGGAGGAGGACGAGGAGGAGGAAGAGUAUGUCUUGCUAGAGUUAGAUGAUGUUCAUUAUUCCUGCAUACAACCAAAUGCCCCUUAUAUACUCUCUGGUUUGGAUACAUUGACUCCUACCUUGGUAGUAGGUGAUGGCCUGAAGAUGAUUGGAGAAUACGAAGAAACGGUUGGCACAUGCUAUUUAUUUUCAGAAAGUGAUGCUCCACCAAAGCCCGUUCAUGAAGAGCCGGCACCCCCCAAGGAAAACAAGGAUAAGCAAGGCAGAAACAUCAAGGAAGCACCGUCCAAGGAGGUGAAACAUCUCACGAGCGUUCACAAGAUCCUCAAAUUCCGGUCGACCAGCGAGGGUCGUCAGGAGCACAGAGCAUACCGUUACAGGGACAAGGAGUUUUGAACACAAUGCUUGUAGCUGCUCUCCCUUCUCUGAUGCUUCUGAUGCACAGCAAGCAAUCCGUUGACCCUUGGAAUGGAAUGCAAGGAUGGUAGUACUUGUUAAUCUUAAUUACCCACUAGCAUUCUCUAUCUCGAGGUAACUUGCGAUUGCGAUGCAUGAUUCCGGUGAUUCUUGGCC